AUGCCUUCCGAACGCGAACUCCAGAUCAACCCAAUCGUUCCUGAGUCUAUGAUUCACAACACCAAGGCUCUUUCCAAUCUCCACAGUCUCACUGCUUCCCUCUUCGGAGUCACUGCUGGAGUCCUCGGCCUCGAGUCCUACUACGGCUUCCUCGUCUACAUCGUCUUCUCUUUCAUCACUACUCUGCUCUUCUACGUCCUCAAGGUCGCCCCUGAAUCACUUCCCAAGGGCCAUACCCCUCUUGAUCCUUCGCGGUUUUACCGAGGACUCUUUGAUUUCUGGAUGGGCGGCAUCUCUAACGGCAUCUCGGGUUUCGUCUUGACGUGGACAUUAUUUUAUGGUUUAGUUAGGGCAUAG